GCGUACAAUGGACUUGGGGGAGCUGCCCUGGAGGAUGCACGGGAGCUAAUAGGAAAUAGGAAAAUAGAGAGACGUCAAAUCACAAAGCUCAGACACGAGGCAUGGCAUCGUCAUUGGACAGCGCAUGCUCUGUGGAGCUCACUGGCUGGAACAGCAGCAGCAGCAGCGGGGUCCCAUCAGCCCCCUGUAACCAGAGCAUGCUAAACUUGGCUCCAUAUUCCCCUGAAGCCACUGCAGCCUUUGCCACUGCCAUCACACUCAUGGUGGUCUUCACUAUAGUGGGCAAUGUGAUGGUCAUCAUUGCUGUGCUGACCAGCCGCUCACUGCGGGGGCCACAAAACCUGUUCCUGGUGUCUCUCGCAGCUGCGGACAUUUUAGUGGCCACUCUCAUCAUCCCCUUCUCACUGGCCAAUGAGCUGCUGGGUUACUGGUACUUCAAGUCUCUCUGGUGUGAAAUCUACCUGGCCUUAGAUGUGCUCUUUUGCACCUCGUCUAUUGUCCACUUGUGUGCCAUUUCUCUGGACCGUUACCUGUCCAUCUCCAGGGUAACAUACGGACGACAGAGGACUCCCAGGCGCAUCAAAGCUGCUAUUGUGGUGGUGUGGCUGAUUUCAGCUGUCAUCUCCUUCCCCCCUUUGCUCUCUCUGAACAAAAGUGAGAAAAAGAAUGAGGGUGUGGACAGGGGUCCUCAGUGCAGACUUAAUGAAGAGCGCUGGUACAUUCUCUACUCCACCAUUGGCUCCUUCUUUGCCCCUUGUCUCAUCAUGAUCCUGGUCUACAUCAGAAUCUAUCAGAUCGCCAAACAGAGGACACGCUGUCCCCCUGGAGAGCCCAGGAAGGACGCAGGGGGCAGUGCCACCCCCAGCCAGACUCCUCGCCAUGUGCACGCCAACGGCAAGGGCGAUGAAGACAGCACACCUCCGUCCACUAACAAAGCCCCUCAGACAAGGCCCCCGACCUUGGCCAUCACCCCCUCCCCAUCUCAGGAGUCUGAGCCCAUCCAGAACCCCACCUCCAACAACCUCCUGCAACCCCCGCCCAGAGCUCUUACCCCUGACAGCUCCACUCGCAGACCCCCCUCUCCAUCCUCAGAGACUCCCAAGUCCAAAGAGAAGAAAAACAAGCAGAAGGCCAAGAAAACAGACAACAACAAUGGGGACAGUUCAAGCACCGAGAGUGACGCAGAGCACAGCCAUGGAGGCAGAGGAAGCACCAGCAUGCCUGGCUCCCCUGCAGGGGGGCUCCACUCCCCCGCAUCAGUCAAGAGGUACAAAGAUAUGAUUGCCACUUCAAAAGGGGCACGUCUAAUGCCAGGGAGAAAGUCCAAGUCUGAUAACAACCCCGGAGCAGCCAGGCGGAAGGCCAUGAUCAACAGAGAGAAACGUUUCACCUUUGUCCUAGCAGUUGUCAUUGGAGUGUUUGUAGUCUGCUGGUUCCCAUUCUUCUUCUCAUACUCACUUCAGGCUGUGUGCCCAAAGACCUGUGCCAUCCCUGACCCCCUCUUCACAUUUUUCUUCUGGAUUGGCUACUGCAACUCCUCGCUCAACCCUGUCAUCUACACCAUCUUUAACAAAGACUUCCGAAAAGCUUUCAAAAAGAUUCUGUGCAGAAACACCAAGGGCACCUUCUUUUAACAUGCACACCAGCUUCACAACACUCUCCACUUUUCAUUUUUUUAAAGAAUGAGGAAAAACUGCAUCAGACAAAAGGACACUUAAACCCCAACAGUUCACCUCAGUUCUUUUUUUCUGGGUGUUGUUCAA